GGCUUCACUCCGGGUUCUGUUAUAUCCGGUCCCUAUAUUCCUAUGUUCGUGACCCAUUCGCGCUUGCAUUCCUGCAUUGUCCAACACUCGAUAAUAAAAUACUUUCCUGCGCAUCUACUUUACGCCCAUGCGGUGCUCGAUUGAGAAUCGUUUCUUCGCUAGCGGUGCUUACAUCUCUGUCUAGUACUGUCAAGAGUGUCAAGUUCAGUGCCGGUCUCGUCGUACCAAUUUCAAACAUGGCGUCGUUUUUAUCAGAUUACGAAUGAUGACAGUAUGAAAUAACCAACAAUAUUGUAUUACAGUGAAACAAUCAUAUGUAGCUUUAUCAUACUUACACGAAGAAGACGGAUUCCAAAAUGGAUAGAUCAAUGAUGUCUGAACAAUCAGCUACCCAAAUACAGACGGAAACUGUUUUAGAGACGGAUGUCACUGAUUCUGGAUCUCAGAUUGUAGGUCACCUUUGGCUGGUAUCCGUGUUCUGGACUUAACACGAAUUGUCGCUGGACCCUAUUGUACCAUGAUUCUUGGUGAUCUCGGUGCUGAGAUCUUGAAAAUUGAAAGACCAGGUAGCGGGGAUGAAGCACGAAAGUGGGGACCACCAUUCAUUGAGGGAACACAAGAAUCAACUUAUUUUCUUAGCGUUAAUAGAAACAAGAAGAGUAUAUGUAUUGACUUGAAAAGAGGUAAAGAUAUAAUUUAUGAACUAGCAAAGAAGUCUGAUGUUUUGGUAGAGAAUUAUGUUCCUGGAAAGUUGAAACAGCUGGCUUUAGGAUACGAAGACAUUUCCAAGGUAGCACCACAUCUUAUAUAUUGUUCUUUGACUGGAUAUGGAUACGAAGGUCCUUAUGCAAAUAGACCAGGAUACGAUGUGAUUGCUGCUUCUGUAGGAGGUUUGAUGCACAUAACGGGUCCAAAAGAUGGUCCUCCCUGUAAAGUUGGAGUAGCAGUAACCGAUUUAGCAACAGGUUUAUAUGCUCAUGGAGCUAUAGUAACAGCAUUAUAUCAAAGAACAAGAACCAAUAAGGGACAAUGGAUUCAAUGUAAUUUAUUAGCAACCCAAGUUGCCAGCUUAAUAAAUAUUGGUUCGAAUUAUAUAAAUGCUAAGAAAGAAGCAGUAAGAUGGGGUUCUGAACAUGAAAGUAUCGUACCUUAUGAAGCCUUUCCAACAAAAGAUGGAUAUAUGACUGUUGGAACAGGAAGUAAUGCACAAUUUGUAGAACUAAUUAAAAGAAUGGAGUUACCAGAUUUGUUUGAAAAUGAUAAAUUUAAAAAUAAUACUGCUAGAGUGGAAAACAGAGAUGAAUUGUUACAAAUUCUUAGAAGAGAAUUUAAAAAAAAAAGUAACAAAGAAUGGGCAGUCGUAUUCAAUGGAUCUUCAUUUCCCUAUGGUCCGAUAAAUACAUUAGGACAGGUAUUCGAUGAUCCUCAUGUGAAGCACACAAAAAUGGUACAAGAAAUGGAACAUUCCACAGGGAAGAAAAUAAAAGUUGUUGGCCCUCCUGUAACCUAUAGUUAUGCUUCAAACAAAGUUAGAUUAGCACCUCCUAUGUUGGGGCAACAUACCGAAGAAAUAUUAAGAAAUAUUUUAAAUUAUUCUGACAAUAAAGUACAAAUGUUGAAGAAAACUAAUGUUGUGCAAUAGAAAAUAUUAUUUUCAAGAAGUAUAUUACUUACAAUAUAAACCUUAUCAAUAAAUUAAGAAUUAUAUAUAUCAUAGAUAUAAAUAUUAAUGAAACAUAAUUUUGUUACAGAACAAUUUUAUUAUAUGUACUUAUUAUAUUAAGAAAUAAUUUAUAUAUCCCGUUAGAAAGUGAAUAAAUAUUUUUUUAAACAUA